AUGUUUAAGGCAGUAUUUGAAAACUGGACUCAGUACAAUCAACAUAAAGGCUUAAAAACGAAUGGGAAAACUCCUCGACAACAACUUUUCGAUAAAAUCCUUCGAGAGUUAGCGGAAAUUGGGGAAGAACCGGAAAAAACACUUGAACAAAUCAAGAAACGAAUCAAGGAUGAUAUUUGGAGGAUGAAAGAGUGCGCUCAAAAAAAGGCUGGUCAAGGCAUUGAGCCUUUUGAACUCCGACAGGGUACGGUCAAGGCUGGUCCUUUGAACUUAGAUUCAAUCAUCAAGAGGAAAGGAAAUGGCGAAGAAUGGAACGGAACUUAUCGAAAGACGGCUGUUCCCUACUAUUUGGGGGAAAUGGAGAAACUUCUUUGGAAUGAAGAUCAAUCUUUGAUUGAAGAUCAGCCUGCCACUUCGUCACUACUUGAAAACUCGAUCGACCAGGGAUCGGGAACAUCAAUUGAAGCGAUUCUGGGUUCACUAAAAGGUGACACUAGAGAGAUUCCUUCCGACGAGAACACAGCCUGGCUAGAUUUAAAGCCUCCAAUCCUCACCGAAGCACCGGAAUUGAGGAAUGUUGAGCAAUUUUUUCGUGCAUCUUCUAGCGUUUCUUUUGAAAAUUCAAUACAAUCUGAGGCAAGAAACAAUAUAAAAUCAAACCACGAUGAAGAAAAAUGCGAAUUUGAAAUGAAACGGCUUCGAAAAGAGAACGAAGAUUUACAAGAAGAGUAUGAUGGAUUGAAGCAAAGGGCUUACUACCAAAUGGGCGCUCAUCAAGAUCAAAUCCUUCGGCUCGAGGCUCAAGUUAGGGAACUUAAAAAAGAGAUCAAACGGCUCAAUGGGUUUCAACAAUCGAAACAAUUA